AUGGCACGGGCGAAGCUGAAAAAGGCGGCCCAGCAUCCCACACACGCCGCCCAACAUCCUUCCCUUCCUCUUUGCCUCGUCGCCGCCCUCGUCUCCCUCCUCCCCUUCCUCUUUUCGGCAACGGCGACCGACCUCCUGCACCCGCGUUUCUCUUCUGCGCCGGUACACGCGACGCAGCCCACCGCCGUCGUCUACGGCACCCUCGCGGCCCUCUUCCUCGCGCAGAGGUGCCUGCGAAAACAGGAGAGUCGACGCCUGGGAUGGAGGUCGUGCUGGUUCGGGAUCGGUGUGUGGAAAGUGGUGUCGGAAGCGCUCGUCAGGCUAGGGGGAGAAUGGCUGCAAGGGCUUGGGCUGAAUCGAGGGAUUCUUGCUGGACGCUUCCUCUUGGAAGGCGUGCCGACGCUGCUCCUCUGGAGCUGGUUGUGGGAUAGCUUCGACUGCAAAGAGACAACCGCUUUCCUUCCGAACGGCUUCCUCCCCUUCGCCUACCUCGCCUCGCUCGUCCUUCCGCCGCCAGUGUUCGCUUCCCAUGUCUGGCCAGAGUGCUACACUGUGCAACUUCACGGCAUCCUCCUUUGCCUCGUUGCCCUCUUCGCUCCGCAUACCUACUCGCCUCCCCAGCCGCGCCGUCUUCAUGCCGCAUCCACCUUCUUCUCGCAGGCCAAACCCCUCUCUCGCUCGAUCGUUUUCGCCGCAAUCCUCGCCCUCGCCCACGCAGUCGCCCUCACUUCGUCGCACUGCCCAAGCUCUCCGUCGACACUCCCGCCAGGCAUUCUCGCCUCUCGUUGCAGCACUACCGGCUGGAUCACCGUCGGUGAGCACGUCAUGCCGUCGCCAGACGGAUCAACCGAGCGAGACUUGACCCUCCGCUACCUGCGUGCGGAUCACUCCUUGCUCGGCGGGCUGUGGGUUGGGCCGAGCCGCGAUAUGCUCAAGAUGCAGUACGGAGUAGAGCCUUCCAGUGAGGAGACGGUUAGGCGGGCGGAGAGCAUCUACUCGACGUUCAUCCUGCAAGAAGCGGUGCGUCUCGUCAAGCCACCUGAAGACGUCCCGCACCAGACGCCCGAGCAAGGCCUCAUCAUCGGACUCGGUGCCGGCUUGUCCGCUCGCGCUCUCGCUCGACACGGCGUCAACCUCACUCUCGUCGAGAUCGACCCAGCUGUGCACGAUUUUGCGGAGCGGUACUUCGGGGUGAACGAGGUGAAGUGGGGAGAGGUGGUGCUGAAGGAUGCGGUGGAAUGGGUGGAAGCGUUGGUGAAGGAGACGAGCCCGCCUGCAUUCGACUACAUCAUUCAUGACGUGUUCACCGGCGGCGCCGUUCCGGCCACCCUCUUCACCUCGACCUUCCUCGCCCAGCUUAAGUCGCUCCUGCACCACUCGGGCGUCCUCGCUCUCAAUUUUGCCGGCACACUCUCCUCGCGCUCGUCUCGCUCAAUUCUCUCGACCCUCCUUUCCGUCUUCCCACACUGCCGCGCCUUCGAAGACGUCCCUCACACCGCCUCCGGUCCCGCCGAGUCCACUAGCGACGACUCCUUCCGCAACAUGGUCAUCCUCUGCUCGAAAGAGUGGUACGCGCCUGUCGAGCUUCGCGACCCGGUCAGGGAGGACUUUCUCGACUACCCGAGCCCCAUGAUCCGGCGCAGCGUCUUCGCUUCGUUCAGGCAGCACGAGAUUGACUUGACGCGCUUCAAGCCUGCCUCAGGCGACCACGGUGUCGGGACAUGGCUGCUGAGGGACAGGAACGACGUGAGGAGGGUCGAGGCGGCGCAGCUUGACGAGGUCGGCAUGCACUGGGACGCGAUGGAGAAGGUCCUUCCGCCCGAAGUCUGGGCUCGAUGGUGA